AUGUCGCGCUCCCGUUCCGUCACGAAAGUGUAUGUCGGGGAUUUACCACGAGAUACGUCGGAAAAGGAGCUCGGUCGAGUUUUUGACCGCUAUGGCGCAAUAAGAAAUGUAUGGGUCGCCAGGAACCCUCCUGGCUUUGCAUUUAUCGAAUUUGAGGACCCUGCUGAUGCUGAAGACGCGGUUAGGGAUUUAGAUGGAACUGUCAUUUGUGGCGUUCGUGCUCGAGUGGAAUUGAGCAAUGGUAGAACACGACCUAAGCCAUGGAUACGUGGCGGACGUGACAGUGGAAGAUACGGCGAUCGUCGCUCCAGGCCGUUUGAUCCGAAUGAUCGCUGCUUCGAGUGUGGCGAGCGUGGCCACUAUGCAUACGACUGUCGUCGUCGCCGAUCGUCCCGACGCUCCAGGUAG